UCAAUAUAAUUGGAAAUUAGUUUGAACUUCGAAAUAUAACUCAAUCAAUUAACUCCAUAUUUGUAAUACAAUAGUUUUUCAUAUUCUAACGAAUAUCAAAAGAAAACAAAUACUCUACCAUAUCUAUUAUGUUAAAUGGCUGAAUUCACAAAGCAAAGAAGCCCUUCUUUUAUUGGCUAGAUAUAGGAGAAGGGAAAGACAUAAAUCUUGUCGAGAAGCGCCCUCGUUCGAAGCUUCAUCAGCAGUGCAUCAAGUAUCUUGGCAAGAUGGAACGGAAGGCGUAUGAAGUUGUGAUUGAGGGAGGGAGGCUCUUGUACAAGCAGACGGGGGAGCCCCUCGAAACCACCAGGGGUUCUAAGUGGAUUUUUGUCCUCAGCACGUCGAGGACAUUGUAUGUCGGGAAGAAAAGGAAGGAAACGUUUCAGCACUCGAGUUUCUUGGCUGGCGGUGCUACACUUGCUGCAGGGAGGAUAGUGGCUAAAAAUGGAGUCUUGAAGGCAGUGUGGCCUCACAGAGGUCAUUACAAACCAACACCAGAAAAUUUCCAAGAUUUCAUAUCAUUUCUCAGGGAGAACAAUGUUGAUCUCAAUGAUGUCAAGCUUGACUUCACUGAUGAACAAGAAGACAGCCUAUACAAUGCAUCUUCACCAUCAUUUCAUAAACCUCAGUAUGCAGAAGAAAGCACCACCGGUCGAGGCUUCAGUGCCCUCGAGAUACCUUGCAAGGACAGCUUGCUCGAGAAGCUGAUGACUGAAAACCAACGAUCAAGCUCUGAUGAUUCCCCCUUAGAAUCUCCAACCGAAGAGGAGAGAGGAAAGCAGCUGUCUUGGAACUGGAGCACCGGGGCAGGCCCUCGGAUUGGCUGCGUGAGAGACUACCCUUGGCGCCUCCAAGAACGCGCCUUGGAAGACGUAAAGCUCUCUCCUCGAAGCAUCCAACGCCUGAGUUCAGACUCCCCGUUUCCAUCUGAAUCGCGACGUGCAGACUGCAUUCACUCUUGCAGGACUAAUGCUCAUUCAAAGACACAGUCCUCACCACUACAUUCACUUUGCUAGUUAUACAAGGAUAGUGCAUUAGUGUUGAUUCUUUGAUUUAAUCCAUGAUUUUUUUUUUCACAAUUUUGGUUAAUAAUGUACAUAAAUUUUGUUUUUCAAUUUUAGUAUAGAAAACACUAGAAAAAGGAUGAUGGUUGUUUAUAUGUACAUGUAUAUUUUGACAAUGUAACAAAUCAAAGAAAAAUGUGAU